AUGAUUGAUCCUAACCAACUGAGACUACCUGAGCUAAAAUCUUGGAAGGAUCCUCAAAUUCAAAGUCAGAUAUAUACAUCAUUGUUUAACUCUACUAAUUUGGACUAUGAACCGUCCGAGCGUUACAAAUCUCGUGUCUUGAAAAAGGUUAUCAAUGCACUAGAGAACGCGAUUGAUGAUCCCGAGGAAGAUCCUCUACCCUCACCAAAUGUCGCAGCUCAGCAAAAAAGUUAUGUUACUUACACUUCACCUUUAUCGACCCUAGGGUCUGUAGAGGUUACCACUCUGGAGGCUCCAUCCCUUCUUGCAUCAUCAGGCACUACCGGCUUUCGUACUUGGGAAGCCGCCUUACACCUGGGUUCAUUCUUUUGCUCCCAAAUGGGUCAAGAUUAUGUAGCUGGAAAAUCAGUGCUUGAGCUCGGUGCAGGCACUGGUUUCCUCUCGAUGCUCUGUGCAAAACACCUUGGAGUCAAGCAUAUGCUUGCUACCGAUGGAAGCCGUGAAGUCGUAAAUGAUAUGAGAGCAAAUGUCCAACUAAACUUUCCUUCGCCUGAGAAGGAACUUGUCAAUAUAGCCAUUUUGCAGUGGGGUCAUGCUUUGCUCGGCGGGCCUGCCGAUGUUGCCUCUACAAAAGCGUCGCUUGACCUCGUUAUUGGUGCCGACGUAACUUAUGACGUUGAGUCUGUCCCAGCACUGGUCGCUACCCUUAGAGAUCUUUUUGAGAUGUACAACCAAGCGAAGGUGAUUAUAUCAGCCACCGUUCGCAAUGAAGAUACUUUGGCAUGUUUUAUACAAGCCUGCAAUGCGAAUGAGUUUCGUCAUAGGACUCUGGCGUUUCAACUCCCACACUUCGCAGAGCAAACAGGCUUCUUCAUCAUUAAAUCAACUCGCAUUGAGAUUCUUGAAAUCACGAGCCCCGAGAAGCCGAGAGACCCGUUUGGGUUUUAA